AGGAUUUCAUCUCAUUUCAUUUCCCCCAAAAUCGAAUAAUAUUUAGGGUUAGGGCUUAAAAUAUGUUCCAUUCGAUUUUCCGGAGCAUCAAUUCAAUUCUGCCGGAUAAUGAAAAUUUACCAUUUUGAUGCAACCUGCUUUGCAUGCGAUUCAGACAGGGUUGCAUCUCUCCAUCAAAUUGCAGUCUGAGAAGUAAUUUGUAUCUGUAGUAGGAAUUGUGAUUCCGGAGAGUUAAAAUCUCUAAGGAUUGAAUGAAUUCUGUGGGGAUGGAUUUUUCGCGCGAAGGUGGCAUGGUGUUGGUUCCCACCCGCUUUGUGUGGCCCCAUGGUGGCAGUGUUGUGUGCAUCAGUGGCUCAUUUACGGGGUGGACGCAAUGGCCAAUGACACCUGUUGAGGGUUGCCCUACUGUGUUUCAGACCAUCUGCAGCCUACCAUGUGGUUAUCAUCAGUUAGUAGAUAAAGGUGCUGCAAUACAAGUUAAUAUGCGAAUCAGGUCUCGAUGUCAGUAUAAAUUUGUGGUUGAUGGCGAAUGGAGACAUGAUGAGCAUCAACCUUAUAUUAGUAGUAACAUUGGGACAGUCAACACUAUCCUUUUAACUCGGGACUCACAUUCUCGUCCUUCAACACCAAGCCCCCAAGUGCCUCCCCCGGGCCCUGUUUCCAGUAUGGACGUAGAUAGUGAGGCCUUUCAGCGUGUGGUUCAAGUGUCCGAUGGUACAUCACCAGAGUCCUAUCCAAGGAUAUCAGAUGCAGAUUUAAAAAUUUCCCGGCAUCGAAUAGUCGUAUUUUUGUCAACACACAUGGCCUAUGAGUUGCUUCCUGAAUCAGGGAAGGUUAUUGCGUUGGAUGUAGACCUGCCUGUAAAGCAAGCAUUUCAUAUUCUGCAUGAGCAGGGAACUCCUGUGGCACCACUAUGGGACUUCUCAAAGAGCAGAUUUGUUGGAGUUCUCAGUGCAAUGGAUUUUAUUUUGAUUAUGAGAGAGCUUGGAACUCAUGGAUCCAAUUUGACUGAAGAAGAGCUAGAGACCCACACGAUAUCUGCUUGGAAAGAGGCAAAGUUACAUCUGAAUAAUCAAGUUAAUGGGCCGUCAAGUGCUGUUUCGAGAAAACUUGUGCAAGCUGGACCUGACGACAGUUUGAACGAAGUUGCUUUGAAGAUUUUGCAAAAUGGUGUUUCCACAGUUCCCAUUAUUCAUUCUUCAUCAUUGGAUGUGCCACUCCCACAUCUAUUGCAUGUUGCUUCUCUCUCUGGAAUUCUAAAAUGUAUUUUCCGUUUUUUUAAGCAUUCACCGAGCUCACUACCAGUACUUCAGUUCCCACUUUGCUCACUACCUAUAGGCACUUGGGUGCCUAAAAUCGGAGGGCCAAGUCAGCAGCCAUUGGCAAUGUUGAGACCAAAUUCUUCCCUUAGUGCAGCAUUGAAUUUAUUGAUUCAAGCACAAGUUAGUUCAAUCCCAAUUGUUGAUGAGAAUAACACUUUAUUGGAUGUGUAUUCUCGAAGUGACAUAACUUUAUUGGCAAAGGACAAAGUUUAUGCACACAUUAAUCUUGAAGAAACAACUCUUCAUCAAGCAAUACAAUACCGCGACGAUCCUUUUUUGGCGCAUGGAUACAACAAUCAACGAUGUCACAUGUGCUUACGCACAGAUCCACUCCAUAAGAUCUUAGAAAAAUUAUCCCAGCCAGGUGUGAGACGACUCGUUGUUGUUGAAGCUGGAAGCAAGCGAGUUGAAGGUAUCGUUUCCCUGAGAGACAUUUUUCAGUUUCUCAUGGAUAGUUAAAAACAAAGGUAAUGAAUCAGUGGUUGGUCUGUACAAUUACAUUAUCUGCUGCUCAUUUGUGGUCGGGCUCAAGUUAAUAGGUACAAUGGUUAGAAAUUUAUGUUCAUCAGAUCGUGGCGAUCCCCAGGCCUCUCUGUUCAAUCUGUAGCGAAUUGAGCCGAGAGCCCGGGAGAGAGAACAGGAUAACUGUCAUCACCUUCUGCUGUCAAAACCAAUUUAGUCUUUUCUUGCUCUUAAA